GACGUCACCACUUCCACAACAACAAGAAGCUGAAAAACAAGGAAGUGAAUGAUUGUGAAGCCGUAACCUGUUAUAAAGGCCGUGACAAGAUAUACGUUGAGCUCCGUUUUAUCUGAAAUUCCUCCGCUUCUGCACCAGUCAAGAACAAUGAACAACAAAGGUUCAUAUCCUCAGCAGGCUGUGUACCCUCAGCAGAGCUCUGCACCUGUAUACCCUCCUGCUAUGCAAAUGUCUCCUCAGGCACCUCCUUACACAGACACACCACCUGCAUAUUCUGAGAUAUACCAGCCCAGAUAUAUGCUUCCACAUCAGGUGCCCAGUCAGGUGGCACAGAUGUCCUCUCACUACCCUGGUGCUCAGAUGUUUAUGCCCAUGCAGCCACAUAUGCAGGUUGGGCAAAUGGGCCAGAAUGUCCCCAUGGCUUACUAUCCCAUGGGAGCCAUGUACCCCCCUGGUUCAACAGUGAUGGUAGAUGGUGGCUUUGAUGCUGGUGCUCGCUUCACAGCAAGCAGCGGUGUUUCCAUCCCACCCCCACCUCCUGGACAUCCCCCCAAUGCAGCUCAGCUGGCUGCCAUGCAGGGUGCCAAUGUUGUAAUGGCACAGCGCAAGAAUAACUUCUUCCUGGGUGGAUCCAGUGGAGGUUAUACCAUCUGGUAACGGCAACUCCUCAACUCCUCCUUCAUGCCUAAACCGUGUCCCCGCCCCAAAUGAUGCCCCAGUUCUUCCCCCAUCCCAUACGCCUCCCUCUUCAGGCUGCUUGGCCAUGCCACAAUACUGAUAUCACCUAACGGAAUGUAAUAUUUUAGCGCCCUUGUAAAAGGUACAGUACUCCACUUCUGACCCCGAGAUCAAAUGAUGAAUGCCACUGCCUGGAGAGGACAAAUGCUAAUUUUUAAUGUCGUAGAAUUCAUUCCAUAAUUCUUGAAUGGGUCUAACCUCUUUCGGUCAUUCCAGAUUGGACCUCUUUCAGGCAUCUGUAUUUGUUCAAGAGACCUGGUCUCCUUUGAUCGAAUGGAUCAAAAAUUACAUUGAGAUGUUCUUGUAUACCUGUAAAAGCAACGUAAAUUAAAUAUUGAAAUAUCAGACCCGCGUUGUAUAGUUUAGCUGCUUUAUGGUGAAAGUGAUAUGCAGUUACAAAGUUGCAGUUGAAGUGCAAAAAAAAAAAAAAUUCCAUUUGUCUUUUUGGGAAACUUUUAGUGUAGUUAAAUUAAUAGAUGUGUAAUAGUUUCAUGUAAAUACCAGUAUGAUGAUCAUGAGAAAUUGCAUCUCAACUAUACAAAAAAAAAAAAAAAGAAUGAGCAUCUUGGAUGCUUUUAGCUAGAAUUGUCUCGUCCUUUGCACAGUAUCCAAAAUAUCACAGCAAAUUUGUUGUACAGUCUAACUGACGGAUUGUUACAUUUAAAUCACUUGUAAAUUAAAUAAACGAAACUGAAGCAAAUAAUUUAAGAAAAGAUUUCAUGCAAUAUCCAAAGUGGUUUACUGUACCUUGUUGGGCAAUUUGUAGAUGAACAUAGUGAAGUGCCAAAGAGCACUGGGGAUAGCCCGAAUUUAAAGCAAAUUAACUUCAGUAAACUUAAAGGAAAGAAAUUUAAAGUAAAUCCAAAUAGUAAGUUGAAUGGGAAGGGGUGGUUGGUGUAACAUUUUUAGAUAGUUUUUUUUUUUUUCUCUCCUGUUUCUAUUUCACAGUCGGAUACCCAGAGUUUAUACACUAAAUGUUUUAUUGUACAGACUUCAAGAACUACCCUCCACUGUUUCUCUUUGUCUUUUCACACAGCAUCAUUUAGAAUCCAAUUUUUAAAGUAUUUAUUCACCGUAGAAAAGUGUCACCUUUGUGAUAGCAUUAGUUUGUCGUUUCAAAAGAUUGAGGAGACUUUAAUAAAUAUUUCAGUGUUUUUUUUUUUUCCCCUUCAUUACUUUUCCACAUUUACACGACUAGUUAGCCUAAUCAGUUUUUAGUAUAGCCAAUAAGCUGGUUGUAUCAUAAAUUUGGUCUACAAUGCACUUAUGUUUGGUUAUUACUUGAAAUUUAAAAUGUCACAAUUUGACAGCAAACAUAUCUUCGAAUAAGCAGGUAUGAGAUUGUUUGUACAAAGACCUUCAGUUUGACACGACUGCAAUUGUGUUAAUGUCACUUUAUGUGGAUUAAUCGCAUCUUUAAAUUGAUGCAUCAUUUUGCACCUUUUGCUAUGUACAAAUUUGAUUAAAUCAUUUUUAUCAGAGAUGCACCACAAAGCAAAUUUGAGUGGUUGCAGACUAGGGGCUACUAGUUUCUUUUUUUCUUUUCUUUUUUUUUUUGUUUUUCAGUUUUCAUGACUUUUUAAAAAAAGAAACUGAGAUUUCUGUUCCUGUUUAGACAAUCCAUCAAACUAGUCCGUUUGAAAGUAAUGUCAAGAUGUGUCGUGUUGUUCGGUAGCCUUAACGUGUAUGCAAUGAGGCUAUAUCACUGUCGGCAUAAUUGUUCAUUUCCAACACAUUUUUGUGCUGCUAAUUAAACUUUAGAAUCUUUACAUAAUACGUUAUCUUGCAAACUUUAAAUGAGGUAUCUGAAGCUAGCUAAGUCAGUAUGGAUACAAUAAACGUAUAUUUGUAGAUAUUCUUAAUUUUGGUGUCUGGUAGCGUCGUCGUGUCACUGGGUAUCCGACACACCGUAUCGAGUUUUAACAGCUGUGGCCUCCAGAAAACAAAUGCCGCCGCUGUCGACCGACAUUUAGCUAUUUCUGUGUUGGGUCGGAAGAGAGCAGCUGUCUGGAAACGUGCUUCGUUCAUCUGAUGAACUUCUUUUCAGCGGCUCUUAAACAAAGCUACUAUACCAGACAUGACCCACGUGUCACUCGGGUGUUUUUCUUUAAAUGGCUCAAUGUUCAUUUAUUCUCACUCAUGCUGUCAUUUCAUACAGCUCCGCUGGUGAAGAGGCCACAGCUAUCAAAACUUCAAAACUUUAAAACAUAUGAUUCAGUCUAAGGUUUUUCUAAUUUUUUAUUUUUUUAUUUUUUUUCCAUCUCUUGUUUGUGAAGCAGCAUAAUGGUGGCUUUGUCCCAGCAAUAUGAAGUACUGUAAACUACAGCUGACCAGUAGAUGCUAUGCCAACCACAGCCAGCAAAUGGAUUACUCUUUGUUGAAGGAUUAUGGACAUUUAUAGUUCAGGGGUUCUCUUUACAACACUUUGUAAAAUAGAUGUAUGUACUAAAGUGAUGUGACAGACUUUGGUACACAUUCUAUCUUUUAAGAUUACUAAAGGAGAUGAGUGUCAAAAAGAUGGAAUACUUUGGAAAAAAGGUCUUAGGUGCACUUAACUUUUUUAUACUAAACUUAAAAUUUAAAAUGUAAGUUUAGAAUAAAGGUUAUUUUGGAAAUUUGAAAUGCUGCAUGUUUGUUUAAUUUUCUAUACAUAUACAUUGUAUUAGAACAGGGCAGGUUGUUAAGUUCAAGAUUGUGACCUGAGAUAACACCUGGGUUUUUUGGUUAUUGUUUUGUUGUGAUUUUAGCUUAAAUGUUGCCUUUCCCUGGCCAGACUGCAUCACAGGUAAUUGAUCGUUUAACCAACUUACUUGAUUGUUUGAGUGGAUGCUACUUGCUUGGCCUUAAUACCAAUAUCACUUUUGUCAUAAAUAAUUAUCUCCCACCUUAGUUUAGUAUACAUACUGUACGAAAGAGUCAAUAACUCAAAUAUUGUCACUUUGAUAUAAAAGGAAUUGAGUCAAA